CAUUUAAAAACGUCGGUAUGCUAUUUCAUUUCAUACCACAACUAGCAAUCAGCAAAUUUGAUUCACGUAACUGACAGUCAAAACCAUUCUGUCGACCCCCAUUUCCAUUUCUCCACAACGUCUCAGUUGAGCUCUCUUCCUCCUUUCUUCUUUUCCAUUAAUCUUCCACUAAUCUACCUAAAUAUUCCCGAGCUUUAUUACAAAAGUGCAAGACAAACCCAACUCUGCAAAUAUGGCAGAUGAGAUAUGGAUCGUUCCGUUCUUCGGUCAAGGCCAUCUGUUUCCUUCAAUGGAGCUCUGCAAGCACUUAGCCUCCAGAAACUUCAAGACCGUUUUGGUUAUCUCAUCCAAACUCUCCUCCACCGUACCCUUAUCUCUCCGUCAAUACCCACUUGUCGAAAUCAAUGAAAUAUCUGAAGCACCGCCGCUGGAGCCGAGUUCUCAGCCGCUUCACAGCCACCACGAACACCACAGCCAGAUAGCACUCGGACUCAAGAAACUCCUCUCCACUCGAAACCAUGAUCAGAGCUCAGUCCGACCUCUUUAUGCAGUUGUUGACAUGAAGAUGAGCUGGACUUUUGAUAUCUUCAACAGAUAUGAAGUUCCGGCAGUCAGCUUCUUCACCUCCGGCGCUUGCUCUGCCGCCGUGGAGUAUGCCAUGUGGAAGGCCCACCCUUUAGAUGUCAAAGCUGGCGAGACCCGUUUGCUACCUGGGUUACCCGAAGAGAUGGCUAUAACGGUUUCGGAUCUUAAGCGACAGAUCAGGUUUCCUACUGAACCACCACCUCAAACUAAGUUUGGGCCGGAGAGACAUCACCCGACCAAUCCCGGUGAUAAACCACCGUGGGUGGAAGCAAUUGAGCCAUGUAUCGGAGUUAUGAUCAACACAUGUGAUGAGUUGGAGCAACCGUUUAUUGAAUACGUUUCCAAUAAGUUGGGGAAACCGGUUUGGGGCGUGGGCCCGUUCUUGCCUGAGCAAUAUUGGAAAUCGGCCGGUUCGGUUUUCUACGAUCACAAAUUUCGAACCAAUCAAAAAUCGAACGUCUCAGAAAAUGAGGUAAACAAAUGGUUAGAUACGAAACCAAGUGGAUCGGUGUUGUACAUUUCAUUUGGAACUGUGGUGGGUCCCUCUAAGGAGGAGUACGAGAUGUUGGCUGAGGCGUUGGAAGCCUCAACCCGAUCAUUCAUAUGGGUGGUCCGAGCCAAUGCGGGCCUCUCAACGGGGCCUUCCAAGCCGUCACAACCCGAUUCAGAACCCGAAGAGGCCUAUUUUCCGUACGGGUUACAAACCCGUGUUGGAAACCGAGGGUUGAUCAUACGCGGGUGGGCCCCACAACUCUUGAUACUAAGUCAUCCAUCAACAGGAGGAUUCUUAUCGCAUUGCGGUUGGAAUUCAACUGUGGAGGCAAUUGGUCGUGGAGUGCCAUUUUUGGCGUGGCCAAUUAGAGGGGACCAACACUCGGACGCUAAAUUGAUAACGAGUUAUCUCAAAGUUGGGUACAUGAUUUCUAAGGAUGUAUCGCAGACGAUAAAGAAGGAGAAUAUAACAAGAGGAAUUGAGAAACUUCUCAAUGAUCAAGAAAUGAAGCAACGAGCUGUGAAGCUCAGUGCCAAGUUUGAGCAUGGCUUUCCAACAAGUUCUGUGGCUGCUUUGGAUGCCUUUGGGGACUUCAUUCGACAUAAAGGCCGAGAAACUUGAGCUCAUUGACUUUGUACUUUCUUGUAUGGUAAUGUGUUUAGUACUUCUACAUGUAUCGUCAAUCUAUUUCUUGUUCUUGCCAAACAAAACUUUACCAAGAUAAAAUUCUUGUUAUGGAAACCUAUUCACAGUAGCAAAAUAUAUAUUCUUUGUGCUUAAAUCUCUACAAACGUAGUCAUCACACGAGGUGGAGUUCUAUGUAUAGUUUCCCUCCUAAUGUGUUCAUUUUGAUGCUCUAUUAGAAUAAGGAAUUUCAAGUUCACUUUAUGAG